UAAUGAUUGACUCUCAUUACGUAAGACCCGAGGGCAAAACCCCAGCACUUCUAGUCUUACAGCGCCGGAGGCUCAGUGGUGUACAAUGCGACAGUGAUCACUCCGUUGAGGAAGUGCUUACUGUCUUGGCGUGGCCUUCAAAGGUCAGAGCGAUGCUCCUGGCAGCGCCGCUGUGAUCUGCGUUACUGCGGUUUCCACAGAGACGAGACAACGGUGGGCAGAGAGAGGGGAAGUCGCGAAAAGAUGACGUCGCCGUCGCCCACCCACAGUGACAGCAGCGGCUCCUCUAAGCACGACAGCAACCAGUUGACAUGCUCCCGUGUCUCUCUCCAGGACAGCUGGGAGAUUGUGGAGGGGCUCCGAGGGGUUCCUGCCAGCAUGCAGGAGCCUGUCAGGCAGGAAGGUUUCCUGCUCAAGAGGAGGAAGUGGCCCAUGAAGGGAUGGCAUAAGAGAUACUUUCUGCUGGAGAAAGGCAUCCUGAAGUAUGCAAAGCGUGGAACUGACCUGAAGAAGGGGAAGCUUCACGGCCGCAUAGACGUCGGCCUGUCUGUCAUGGCAAUAAAGAAGAAAGCCAUGUGCAUCGACCUGGACAACGAGGAUAACAUCUAUCACCUAAAGGUGAAGUCUCCCGAGCUGUUUGAGGAGUGGGUGUCGAAGCUGCGUCACCACCGCGUGUUUCGGCAGAACGAGAUUGCCAUGUAUCCCCACGAGAGGAACCUCUUUCACCCCCACACAUCAUCCUCCCCCUCCCUCAAUGACUCUAUGAGAAAGAGGUCGACUCUUACCAAGCAGGCGUCAGUCCACCAGUCUAUGGUCAGCUCGUGGCUCCAUUCCUCCGAGGACAUGGACAAAUGCUGCAAAGACUUGGAGGAAUGUCAAUCGUACCUGCUCGAGCUCAACCUGCUGCUGAAGAGCAUGGAGGUCCUCCACCGCACGUACUCCGCUCCAGCCAUCAGUGCACUACAAGCGUCUUCUUAUGACAUCCCCAAAAAGGAUAAGAGGCCAAGGAGGUGGCGAUCCAGAAACAGUGGCAAAGAAACCAAGGCCACACUACAGGUCCCAAGCUGUAUCUCCUCCAAUUCCCCUCGUCUUCAUGCCUCCAACCCCAACCUGUCUACCACUGAGACAAACACCCAGGAGGCCUGUCCUGAGUCCCCGGACUCCCCUACAGACGUGUCCCGUCUACAGGAGGACUUUUGCAGGCUGGCCAACAGUGUCCACAGCACGCUGAAAUCAGCCUUUAGCUCCCUGGUGGCAGAAAGAGACAGGAUGAGGCACACCAUCGACAUGCAGGCCCCCCAGCCGGUGCAGGUCCUGGGCUUAAAGACAGCCUAUGCCUCAGAAUGUUCAGGCGGCUCCCACUCCUUGGUCCACCAGGUAUCCAAUGAGAGCAAAGCAUCUAUCCCAGAGUCGAUAUCGGAGUUCUUUGAUGCGCAGGAGUACCUGCUCUCCUCCUCCUCCUCUGAGGUGUCCGACGAUGACUCGUACAUCAGUGAUGUCAGCGACAGUGUCUCCAUGGAUACAUGCAGCAAUGAGGGAGGCAGUGAGAGACACAACUCCGUCAGCAGCGUGGUGACCCUGACUCGCCGGCGCUCCACGCUGCCCUCUCCCUGUCCCGCCAGCAGCGUAAGCCUGUGGAACAUCCUGAGGAACAACAUCGGGAAGGACCUGUCCAAGGUGGCCAUGCCGGUGCACCUCAACGAGCCGCUCAACACCCUGCAGAGGCUCUGUGAGGAACUGGAGUACAGUGAGCUGCUGGACAUCGCCAACCAGACUCAAGACCCUUACCAGCGCAUGGUGUAUGUUGCUACGUUUGCAAUAUCUGCCUAUGCAUCCACCUACCAUCGAGCAGGAAGCAAACCCUUUAACCCUGUGCUGGGAGAGACGUACGAGUGUGACAGACCUGAUAAGGGCUUCAGGUUUAUAGCUGAACAGGUGAGUCAUCACCCACCUGUGUCAGCAUGUCACAGCGAUUCAAGGAACUUCAGCUUUUGGCAAGAUGUUCGAUGGAAAAAUAAAUUCUGGGGCAAAUCCAUGGAAAUUGUUCCCAUGGGAACCACACAUGUCACACUUCCUGCCUUUGGGGACCACUACGAAUGGAACAAAGUGACGUCCUGCAUCCACAACAUCCUGAGCGGCCAGCGCUGGAUCGAACACUAUGGGGAGAUGUCAAUCAAAAAUAUUAACAGCGACGCCUGUCAGUGUAAAGUCACAUUUGUCAAGGCAAAAUCGUGGAGCUCCACAGUGAACGAAAUAGAGGCCGUGAUCACGGAUUCAAAUGGAAAAAUUGUGCACUCCAUUUUUGGAAAGUGGCACGAGUCUGUGUUUCAAGGAAACCCACCUUCUGCCACAUGCAUCUGGAGAGCAAACUCCAUGCCGGUGGACCAAGAUCAGUACUAUGGCUUCACCCAGUUUGCAGUGGAGCUGAAUGAGCUGGACUCCACCCAGAGACCUCUACUGCCCCCCACAGACACUCGCCUCAGGCCGGACCAGAGGCUGCUGGAGGAGGGGAACCCAGACGCAGCGGAGGAGCAGAAACAGAGGAUAGAGCAGCUCCAGAGGGAGAGGAGGAAAGUGCUGCAGGACAACAGCAUGACGCACCAGCCGCGCUUCUUCAAGAAGUCGAAGGAUGACACGUGGGUGAGCAACAACGCAUACUGGGAGCAGCGUCGGGACCCGGGCUUCGGCAAAGUGGACUUCCCUGUGUUGUGGUGACCUCUGGACUCAACCACACGUCUCCACCACAGCUCAUCCUAGAGAGGGAAGUUUCAAACUGAACUGAGACCAGGCCGCGAGUGUCCUGGCUGGGUUGACGCGCGUCACUCCCAUGUCAUGGUAACCUGGACCAAUAUGGACAUCCUGCCUCCACUCUUGGGACAGAGCGUUGCCCCGAAUAACUUCUGUAUAAUUUAUAAUGUUUCACCUCAAAGGGUACACCUCCUCCUCUUAUUAUUAUUAUCAUUACUGUAAUUUACACAGUGUAUUGUGUAAUAUUCAUAUCAUUAUCUUCGGUUGCAUCUCAGCAUUUACCAAAGUGCCUUUUAUUGCAGGGCUGCACUUAAUCGACUGCUUUAGCAGUUAUGCAAAAACACUUUUAGUCAGAGACUUAAAAAAAAAACUUGUUUGGAUGAUGUCAAUGUACAGUACAGUACAGUAGGUGGACUUUACUGCAGAGAGAAGGAAGAGGCGCUUGGGCCUUAUUUCAGUGUGCUGCCUUGUUAAAAUCACUCAUGACUGUCAGGACUGUGGAUAGAGUUUUUUUACUGAGGAGGGGGAAAAAAGCAAUAAUACUUUAUGUUGAAAGAGGACAAUAAACUGUACAAUGGACAGCUAA